GCAGAAAAUAUCUCACCAUCUAUUUUAGUUCUAUAAAUAAAUAAAAGCCACGCGUGGAUCUCUCUCUCUCCUAUCCAUACAUCCUUCUAGGGUUCCGCCUUCAGCCACCACGAUGCAACCAGCAAAUUCCAUGGUUCCACCGCCACAGCAAUACCAACAGACACAGCCCUGGAUGACUCAGCAGCAGCCGCAGUAUCAGGUUGCGCCGCCGCAGCAAUCGGCAUAUUAUUACCAGCAACCACCGCAACAAGGCGGUGUUCCUCCACCCGUUCAACAACAACAACCACCGCAGUACACCCCUGCUGCUACCGCUCCUGUUCAACCGGCUAGUGCUGAUGAGAUCCGAAGCCUUUGGAUCGGAGAUCUACAGUUUUGGAUGGAUGAACAAUACCUUCUCGGCUGCUUCGCACAAACCGGAGAGGUGAUCUCUGCUAAAGUUAUCCGUAACAAGCAAACUGGACAAUCAGAGGGUUAUGGCUUUAUUGAGUUUAUUAGUCAUGCUGCCGCAGAAAGGAAUCUGCAAGCAUAUAAUGGGACCUUGAUGCCUAACAUUGAGCAAAAUUUCAGACUUAACUGGGCUUCUCUUGGUUCUGGUGAAAAACGUGCUGAUACUCCUGAAUAUACAAUAUUUGUUGGUGACUUGGCAGCCGAUGUCUCUGAUUAUAUGCUUCAGGAGACAUUUAGGGCUAACUAUCCAUCUGUGAAGGGUGCCAAGGUUGUAACAGAUAAGCUCACGGGGCGCACCAAGGGUUAUGGUUUUGUUAAAUUUGGUGAUGAAAGUGAGCAGUUACGUGCUAUGACUGAGAUGAAUGGACAGUUUUGCUCCACUAGGCCUAUGCGGAUUGGUCCUGCAGCUAACAAGAAGAGCAUGGGUGGUCAAAGUCAAGCUUCGUAUCAAAGUUCACCUGGAACUCAAAAUGAGGAUGACCCUUCUAAUACCACUAUUUUUGUUGGGAACUUGGAUUCCAACAUAACGGAUGAACAUCUAAGGCAGGUUUUUGGACAUUAUGGGCAGCUGCUUCAUGUAAAAAUACCAGUAGGCAAGCGUUGUGGAUUUAUUCAGUUUGCUGACAGAAGUUGUGCUGAGGAAGCUCUGCGGGCAUUAAAUGGAACUCAGCUGGGUGGACAAAGCAUCCGUCUUUCUUGGGGUCGUAGUCCUGCAAACAAGCAGCAGCCCCAGGUUGAUCCAAACCAAUAUGGUGGUUAUUAUGGGUAUACAGCUGGAUAUGAAGGCUAUGGUUAUGCUCCCCCUGCUCAGGAUCCAAAUCAGUAUUAUGCAGGCUAUGCUGGAUAUGGUAAUUACGCACAACCUCAACAGCAUCAGCAAAUUUUGCAGCAUCCCCAGUGAUCUGUCCAAGGAGUUGCCGAGUGCUUCCCGGCAUGUAGUGAUGUUAUAAGCAGCACAUGAGAUUUUCAGUUGGAAUCCAGACGUGUUUCACUUUCUUAGGGUGUUUUGGGAACUCUUCUGUAGGCUAUUUCUUUGGGAUACAAAUUAUGGUUAUGGUCAACUGAUUGUGUGCUCUUUGUUUUUUGGUUACCAUUUGGCUACUUAUAUAUGAGAUCUAGAUAUACUUGAAGACCUCGGGGAAGUGUAGGCAUGUAUUCAUGUGCUUUUUGGCUAUUUAAGCUAUGCUUAACGCUUUAUUUUGCUCGUUGCUA